AUGCCCAAAGCCUCUGACGGAAGCCUCUAUCUGGGACUUCUAAACAUUAUUGUGAGAAACAAAAAUAUUGUACUAGGAUUUCUAAAGACCAAGGUAAUUGCAAGAAUUAAUAGUUGGGAUGGAAAACUUCUUUCUCGUGCCGGCAAAGAAAUUCUCUUGAAAAUUGUUGUUCAAUCGCUCCCCACAUAUGCUAUGAGUGUUUUCCUCCUUCCACUUGGUACAUGUAAUGAAAUUGAAAAACUUAUGGCCCGGUUUUGGUGGAAGUCAUCUUCUAGUAAAGAUAAAGGUAUUAUUUGGAGGUCUUGGGAUCGUUUGGCUACUCAUAAAUACGAUGGUAGCAUGGGUUUUUGGCACUUGCAUGAUUUCAACAUUGCCAUGCUCGCUAAACAAGGUUGGCAUCUACUUUGCAAUCCAGAUACUCUUGUUGGAAAAGUCUAUAAAGCUAGAUACUUUCCCCACUCUGAUUUCUUGUCAGCAGAACUAGGAAGUAACCCAAGCUUUGUCUGGAGAGGUAUUUGGACUACCCAAUCUCUACUCCGUUCGGGUGUCAGAAAAAUAAUCGGAUCAGGGGACACAGUAAGCAUACUAAACCACCCGUGGCUACCUGUACAAGAUAACCCAUAUGUUUCAACAAUACACCCUGGUUUAACGAGCCAUGUUAGCUCCCUUUUUCAUGUGCAUAGCCACUCUUGGGACUAUGACCUUGUACGAGAUAUGUUCAAUAAUCGAGAUGCUGAUAUUAUUUUGGGCAUCCCACUAAGCUCAAAUGUCUCCAUUGAUACAUGGUCUUGUGAGGGGGAAAGAACGGGCGAGUUCUCGGUCAAAAGUGCUUAUAACAUGCUCCAAUAA